GCCAAACGAAGAAUCGUGAAAGUUGGGCUUCCAUUCUAUUGAGGCGAAAACAUGUAGGAGAGGCAACAUGGUGCGGCUAAGGAUUAGAUGUCGCUGUGUUGCUCUAGCUGUUGUAGUAUCACAGAUUUUCCUGGGAUUUUGGUUCUUCUCACAGCCCUUAGAUCCUCCCAAGCAGUUUUUGAAACGUUUAUUUAGUGAAGGAGGUCAAAGCAUUUUACACUUAACUGACCAUGAGAUGUCCCAUUACUAUACAUUUUUUGGAAAAGAUCUUUGUGUUAAAGAAGGCGUAAUUCCUGAGAAGAGCUCGGAAGGCAACUGUGUAUGCCGUAAAGGUUGGAAAGGGCGGAGGUGUGGAGUACCAGAAGUAAUGCAAAGGGCAAAGUGGAUGCAAAAUGAAGAACUUUCUAAGAAUUUGCAGCUGAGGAAAAGAGCACGACGUGUGAUAUUGGUUACUCCAUUUUCUUAUGAAUUUGAUAUUUUUGAGACAAAUGUAAAUGAGCUCAAUGGACUAGUUGAUAUAUUUGUUAUCGGUGAAACCAAUUAUACAGAGCCUGGUAGUAAGACAUCUUUGCCUGUAUUGAAUAAAUUAAAAAAAGAAUGGUUAAAAGAUUUCCAAGAUAAGAUAAUAUAUGUUCCUGUGACAGAAAGUGAUCUGAAGAAAAGUUCAUUCAUGCAAAAUUUGGUUCACACUGGGCUGCGUUUAGUAAGUGACAUCCGUCCAGAUGAUCUCUUUAUUCUGACGAAUGGUGAAGAAAUCCUGAGCCGUGAUGUCUUGACUUUUCUGAAGCUCUUCCAGGGUUAUCCACUGCCAGUUAAGUGUCAAUACCGUGAGCAUGUCUAUGGGUUUUACUGGAGAGCUACGAAGAGUAUCAAUAAUACUAAGCCUCAAGUGUGUGCCUCGUCCUUUCAGUUUCUAGCUAAUGCUUUUGAGUACCAAGUGUCGCGUCUGCAAGAAGGAAGUGUUUUGGAGGAAGAUCUCAAUUUUUUUACAACUCAUGAACAGCCAGUUUCUGAAUGGACAGUGCCAGAUGCUGGUUGGAAAUGUCACUUGUGUUUAUCAGUCCAGAAUAUUUUCCGCAAGUUUCUCAACUUACCAAAGAGUUAUAGACCAAAAUGGUUCACUGAAUCAUCAUCAAGCAUGUUACCCUUCAUUCAGCGUUUGGUCAAAUUUGGCCAAGAUGAGAAUCUAGCACCUAUUGGAAAACCAAACACCCCCAGCCAGGAAAACUUGCCGUCUUAUCUGUGGAACAACAGAGAAAAUUUCAAUCAUUUAUUGAAAAAUCCAUAUGAAACAAUAUCCAUCCACAACCUUGUUUAGUGCCUUGUUUGUUACAUGUUUUUGUGUCAAAGAAUUAUUCCUAACA